AAUCCCAAGAGCACUGUCUGUUCUUAAUCUUAGAGACAGUUUUUCAUCACUUGUAGUGGAAGUUCGGUGUUUUCAGCAUCUUGGCAAAAAAUUUCAAAUUUAGAAAUAUGACUUUGGACAUUCUUACUAAGCAAUGUGUAAUUAUUGGCUCAUUUGCAGCUGCCUUAAGUCUUGUCCUUAUUCUUCAAGAAAGUAUAAAUUUGUGGAUAAUUCUUAGCCGGGAAGGAAUGGAGGAAAGUCAUCGUACCAAAUAUAUUAACAGAAAUAUUCUCAACUUCACCAUAUAUGGGGCUGGAGCCAUUGCCUCGAUUCUAUUGAUUUUGGGGGCUUGUAAGAGACGUCAUCUAAUGUUAAUACCAUUGUUGCUAUGUGUCUUUGGGGCUACGGCAUUUACAAUUUUUUUUAUUGGAUUCAAUAUGGUGACUCUGCCAUUUGCUCAUUUUGAGUUUUUGGCAAAUUUUUUGCCUAUUUUUGGCUUGGAAACCCUGCUCUUGCACAUUCUAUGUUCCACAUUCUAUCAUAUAAGACGCGAAAAGGCUGAAGAACCCAAUCGUCGAAUUUACUACGAUUCAAUAUAGAUAUUGAUUAGAUUUAAAAAAA